AUGGACAGGACUUGGAUUGUGGAUGGUCCAUGGAUUGUGAAGAAUGUAAAAAAUGUGUAUGCGUCAUCAGAUCUACAGAUUGAAGACUACCCAGCAUAUAUAAACUGUCCCAAUUGCGGUUACCGGAACGACAACAGAAAUGUACUGACUCCAUGGCCAGGCCUUCCUCAAGGUGUGAAGUUCGAGCCAACUGAUGAGGAAGUGAUCGAACAUUUGGAAGCUAAGUGUGGGAUUGAUGGCUCGAAACCAAAUCCUUUUAUCCAAGACUUUAUCUGCUCAGUAGAUGAUAUCAACUACACUCACCCCCAGAACCUUCCAGGUGUGAAUAAGGAUGGAACUAGUGCCUUCUUCUUUAACAAGACGGUGCAUGCAUAUCCCAAGGGGGAGAGAAAGAGGAGAUGGAUCACACCGUCUGGUCUGGAAGACGCAUCCUUACGUUGGCGCAAGUCCGGUAAAACCAAACCCGUGAUGAUUAAUGGAGUCCAGAAGGGUUGCAAGAAGUUCAUGGUGCUCUACAAGAGCGCCAAGAAGGGAUUAAAACCUGAGAAAUCUAAAUGGGUUAUGCACCAGUAUCACUUGGGAAGAGAAGAAGAAGAGACUGGUGAAUACGUUGUUUCCAAGAUCAUGUAUCAGCAACAACAGUUAGUGUACAUGAACGAUGAAUGUUCAUCGUCGUCCCUUGUAGAGAAGAACCCUAAUUACUUAGAUUUCAAUAUGAGUUAUGGAAACUGCAUGGUAUCAGAUUUGGAGAAUGCUGAUUUAGGGUCUCUCCCUGAUAUUCGUUCCUUUGCUUCUGAGGACAGCUUAAUGAAUUGCCUGGAAUGGAUCUGA